AUGGAUUUAGUUUUGGAGGUUUUGGAUUACGCUUUCUUGGAUAAGCUGUAUGCUAAGUGGUUGCCGAAAUCAUUAGAACAAAAUCUGCCAGAGGCUCCAGCCUUCGUCCAGCAGUGGGCCGAGAUUAUUGAUAACGGUACGAAAACUGCUAUCGAAUAUACUCAGAAGACCAAACUUCACAAGCUUAUAAGCAAGAGUUUAAUCGACACACCAUCAUCAAAACUGAUCUAUGGACUUAAUGCGCCAUAUCAUUGGUUCGGUGAAACUGAUUACACUUAUGCGUCUCUUUUGCCUAGAUUUAGUAUUAUAAGGCAAACAUUAUCGUUGUUUGUGAUGAUGUCUAUUUUUGGCUGGUUGUUAUACUUCACUGUUGCAACUUUUUCUUUCAUAUUUGUUUAUGAUAAGAGUAACUUUAACCAUCCCCUUUAUUUGAAAAAUCAAAUGUCAAUGGAGAUUAAGCUUGCCAGUGAGGCUAUUCCCGUCAUGGUGUUGUUGACUGUUCCAUGGUUCCUUUCAGAAUUGCACGGCUAUUCUUUCUUGUAUUAUGACAUCAAUGAGCAGACGGGAGGAUGGAAGUCAUUCUUAUUCCAGAUUCCAGCCUCUAUUAUGUUUACUGAUGCCGGUAUUUAUUUCAUUCACAGAUGGUUGCACUGGCCAAGAGUGUAUAAAGCUUUGCAUAAGGCUCACCACAAAUGGAUUGUGUGUACACCAUAUGCUUCGCAUGCUUUCAACCCUGUUGAUGGCUACUUCCAGUCCCUACCAUAUCACUGGUAUCCAUUCCUUUUCCCACUACACAAAGUUAUUUAUCUAUUUAUGUUCACGUUUGUGAAUUUCUGGACCGUUAUGAUUCAUGAUGGUCAAUAUCUAUCCAAUGAUCCGGUUAUAAAUGGUGCUGCUUGUCACACUGUUCACCACCUUUAUUUCAAUUAUGAUUAUGGUCAGUUCACCACAUUAUGGGACAGGCUUGGUGGUACUUACAGAAAGCCUGAUGCUGAUUUGUUUGAUAAGAGUGCCAGAAAGGGAGAUAGUUGGUCUAAGCAAGCUAAAGAGAUGAAUAAGAUCAGGCUUGAAGUUGAGGGACCUAAAGAUGACAGAGUUUAUGGUACUGAGGAAGAGCUGGGUUUGAAUGGAGUCAAGACUAAAACUAACUAA